ACAGCGCCAUUUUGGCUCAAACGGGUUCAGAGUUCAGUUGCUUAGAACGCGGAACGGGUUUGUAUUCAACGUUACAAAAUUCACUUACAAUGAACAGAAAGGCAGCGUAUCUUUAUUUAAAAACCAGGGUCGAAAUGCAGUCUUAAAGAAUGCCGCUUGCGUGAGAAUGUUGCGUUAGGUUUGUGCAACAGAUACAGUAUUUACAUUCUCAUGGUACUGACAUUUGCACGCUGAUAUUAGUCCAGUAAACGCCUUUUAUUGGUAUGGAGGCGUCGGGCUCACUCGUCGCGUCGGAUUGCGACCGGUCCGGUCCGGAGGGAGAGUUCACGGGAGCGAACGGAGCUGCUGUGAUAGACGGCGAGAAACGGGAGGAUGAGGCGCCGAUGGAGGCUGCAGGUGCGGUCGGGUUCAGUAUCUCGCGUCUGGACACGCUGAGCGCGCUGAGACUCAACCGGACCCGACCGGCGGCGGACACCGAGCUCCGAUACCUGCACUUGUUAUGGCAGCCCGGUGAGCUGCUGCAGGCGGGACGGAGCUCGCCGGGCAAGAUCACGUCGAGCAGGGUGAGGCGGCUGGGAAGAGCUCGCAGGAACCUGGGGCCCAUUGGAAAAGACCUGUAUGCUGUGAAGAGGCUCAGAGAAGCUGCCAACUCCAAUGAUAUUGACACAGUGCGUAGAUUGCUGGAAGAGGACACCGAUCCUUGUGCUGCUGAUGACAAGGGCAGGACGGCCUUGCACUUCUCUUCCUGCAAUGGCAAUGAGAGCAUCGUUCAGUUGUUGCUGAGUUAUGGUGCCGACCCGAACCAGAGAGACAGCCUCGGAAACACACCGCUGCAUCUUGCUGCCUGCACCAACCACGUGCCUGUCAUCACGACCUUACUGCGGGGAGGUGCCCGUGUAGAUGCCCUGGACCGUGCUGGGAGGACCCCUCUUCAUCUUGCCCGUUCGAAGCUCAACAUCUUACAAGAGGGAGACUCGCGUAGCCUGGAAACCCUUAGAGGAGAGGUCACACAGAUCAUUCAGAUGCUGCGGGAAUAUCUGAAUAUAAUGGGACAGAGUGAAGAGAGAGAGAAACUGGAGCACAUCUCAAACCAGCUGCAGAACACCCGCACCAGAGAACAGGUGGACGAGGUGACCGACUUACUGGCCAGCUUCACGUCUCUCAGUAUUCAGAUGCAGAACAUGGGAGACAGGUAGAGACGGAUGAAAGAAGCGAAGCGAGAGGAUGAAUCGACCGGGGUUUUACUAAGAAAACAGGAGAAACUAUUUAUACACGACAUGCCUACAUACACAACACAACUGUGUCAAAACGGUUAUUUAAAUCCAAAUUUGACUGAGAAAAUUACACACUGCCUUCGUUUUAUUUUUGUCCCUGAAACCAUUCUCAUUUCUUUUGUGUUAUGCCUUUAUUGUAGCCUGUUAUGCCGCGGUUUAUUUUUUAUUUUUUUGUAAGCGACUGAAAGACGGCCAAAUAAACGACAUGAUGCCAAAAGCGUA